AUGGCUGAUGGUGAGGAGGUGAUCUAUACUUCCCUGGAGGUGCUCAUCGCUGUAGGAUGCUGCCUGGGGAACAUGCUGGUGAUCUGGGCGGUUUGGUCGUGCCGUGCCUUGAGUCAGACUACAUUCUGUUUCGUUGCGUCUCUGGCGGUGGCUGAUCUUCUGGUGGGAGCAGUGGCAGUGCCUUUCGCUGUGGUGGUUGACGGACGCUUGAAGACUAGUUUUCACUGCUGCCUCUUCAUCAGCUGUGUGGUCAUUGUGUUGACCCAGGCCUCUGUUCACUCCCUGCUGGCCAUCGCUGUGGACCGAUACCUGCGUGUUUAUAACCCUCUCAGGUACAGAGGAGCAGUCAAAAAGAAGCACUUAUGGACCGCGGUCACUAUAUGUUGGCUCUCUGCUUUUAUACUAGGUCUCAUUCCCAUGCUUGGAUGGCACAAAAAAGACACCACAACCGCUGAAAACUCCACUAUUACAUGUCAUUUCAUAACCGUCAUACACAUGUCCUACAUGGUCAACUUCAACUUCCUCGCUUGCAUCCUUACACCCACCAUCAUCAUGAUGGUCCUGUACUUGUUGCUCUUCAAUAUGAUAUCCAAACAGCUCAGAAAAGGAGUCGGGAUUCGUGCUGUGGAGUCCACGUCAUUUUACCAUAAGGAGCGGAGACUGGCCAAUUCUCUGGCUUUGGUUCUGGUUCUGUUUGCUGUUUGUUGGCUUCCACUGCACAUAAUGAACACGCUGGAUUACUACAUGAUUGUCAAAGUGCCCCCUGUCGCAUUUCACGUCGGCAUCCUCCUCUCUCAUGCUAACUCCGCCAUUAACCCCAUAGUGUACGCUUUCAAGGUCCCUAAGAUUAAGAUGGCAUAUAAAAGCAUCCUGAUGAAAAUGACAAGCUCGGAGCAGAAAGGAGAUCAGAGUAGCCAGACUUUGGAUAACAACGCCAGCAGCAACUCGAAUAGCACCGCCAGAUGCAGCAUGAAAGUAAAACCACAGGUCGUUUAGAUUGCAAAUCAGGACGGUUAGCAUUAGUCUGUAAUCAUGUACAAUAAGUAGGAGAGACCAGGCUUGUCAAAAAAUACAAUUAUCCAGCAGUGGUUUUGUAUGUUGGUUUCAAAUGCCUAGCUCCUAAAUUAGAAUAUUUUGAUGACUUUUAACAUCCAAACUACACUGUAAUUCUAAUGUCAUCGUGUUUUUGUACUAAAUAAAUGAACACAAUAAAACCGCAGUGAGAUACCUAAAAACAAGGACCAACUGUAUAAUGA